ACAGACUAGGAGAGAAAUGGAGAUCCGCCAGGCGCUCAGACAUGGGGAGUUUUGCAGGAAAACACGUGGUCGCAUAGUCAUCCUGACAAAGAAGGAAAAAAUCGAAAUUGAAGGCCACUAGGUUUGGAGGAACUGUUGGAUCUCCCCUCUCUAUCCUCCUCGUCGCCAGUUCCACGCCAGGGAUGAGAUGUAGCGACCAGAAGGGCACGGUGGACAUGGCUUCAAUGGACUGAGACGGCCUUCCACCCCUGUCUGCAUAAACUUGUAAUCACCGGACGUCAUCCUGGUCCCCUGUCCUGCUGCCCCUAGGUUCCUCUGCCAGCAAGAUGCUGGACCGAAGUGUGAAGUCCGAGGACGCGGACGCAGAACCUACUCCCACUUUCGAGGACCUGGUGACAAAGGGAGAGAGAGAGCGAGAGAGGGCGUGCCUCUUCCCGGAAGCCCACCUGCUCUCGCGUCCCGCAGCUCCCCAUCAGGCCCUGCCUCCGAACCAGCCACCCGCCUCCGGGAGAGCGACUUCCCCGCCCCGCCGGCGGCCCCCGCCGCAGCGCCCGCACCGCUGCCCCGACUGUGACAAGGCCUUCUCGUACCCCUCCAAGCUGGCCACGCACCGGCUAGCGCACGGCGGCACCCGGCCGCACCCAUGCCCGGACUGCCCCAAGGCCUUCUCCUACCCCUCCAAGCUGGCGGCGCACCGCCUCACGCACAGCGGAGCGCGCCCGCACCCCUGCCCGCACUGCCCUAAGGCCUUCGGCCACCGCUCCAAGCUGGCGGCGCAUCUCUGGACCCACGCGCCGGCACGCCCCUACCCGUGCCCCGACUGCCCCAAGUCCUUCUGCUACCCCUCCAAGCUGGCGACCCACCGCCACACGCACCACGCCACCGACGCCCGCCCCUACCCUUGCCCACACUGCCCCAAAGCUUUCUCGUUUCCCUCCAAACUGGCCGCCCAUCGCCUGUGUCACGAACCCCCCACCGCGCCAAGCAGCCAGGCCACCAGCCGGCACCGGCACCGAUGCUCCAGCUGCGACCAGGCCUUUGGCCAGAGACGCCUCCUGCUGGUUCAUCAGCGCAGCCACCACCAGUCGGAGGGCCAGGGGGAGAGAGAGAGCCCUCGCCAUCAAUAAAGAGGUGGGAUUUCUAA